AUGACAUCUGAGCCUCUACUGCCUGAGUACCUACACAAGGACGAGCUGCAGUAUGAGCUGGCAGCUCGGGGGAUUUUGACGGAAUGGUUGAAUGUUGCCGCACUCAGAUCACUACUCAGGACCUCCCAGGAUGUGGAGAACUGUACAAAAUUGGAAAAUACUUUAGUGGGUCCAUAUGGUGAGGCAUACCCAACAACUCAUGAUGCAAAUCAGGCCAUGGAUGUAAAAGCUGAGGCAGUCUCAGAUGCAGAAGAGGAAGAGGAUCCUGUCCCAAUAACAUUUCCAGAAAUAAAGGCUGAACCUGAGGUGAGCUGUAUGUGCACUGUUAGGCAGAUGACACAAGUGUGCUUGUCUUGUCUGUGAAAAUGAAACAACUCCACUGUGGUGUUGACUAUAUUCUGAAGAUUUCUUUUUCCUGAAAUGUCUCCAGGCAACUGUAGUUUGUAGAAUGUUGCUUGUGAUGUACCAGUCCCAUUUUCUUUUGAGCAGAUCUAAUAUAGAUGAAAUGAAAUACUCUAUAAACUGA